GUCCUAAAAGUAAUAACUUGAUAGGCACCAACUGGAAGACAGACGCUCCUCGCAAAGUUCAAAAACCAUCCAAGGAUAUAUCAUUUACGCACAGAUUCUCCUCGCCACUUUUUGACAUGAAGCUCAAUUUUCUCGUCACCACCGUGGCUUUGCUCGUUGCCUUUCCACCACCGUAUGAAUGUAGAGCCAUCGAAAGCAGCUCCAACCAGCAAGCCACGGACCCCGAUGGAGAGCGACAGUCCCCGCCGGUUUUGGCACGCUUAGGGGAGGAGUACUUCAUCCGGCUCGGUAACAGAAACCAGAAUUCUCCCCGAUCCCCAGCCGACAGCUUCCCCGAGACAUCCCAGUAUUCCAAAAGAGCACUGCAGCUCCAGUUAACGCAGCGUCUGUUGGAGGGGAAAGUUGGAAACAUCGGCCGCUUGGAUGGCAAUUACGCGCUCCGGGCGCUCGACUCAGUGGAGAGAGAGCGCAGGUCGGAGGAGCCGCCGAUUUCCCUGGAUCUGACCUUUCAUCUGCUACGAGAAGUACUGGAGAUGGCCAGAGCCGAACAAAUGGCCCAGCAAGCUCACAGCAACCGCAAAAUGAUGGAAAUAUUCGGGAAGUAACCAUGAGCAAACCCAUCAGCCAAAGAUAUUUUUACAUUUAGCACAAACAUGAAUAUUCUGUACCAUAGUGCUGCUUUUCCAUCAUGAUCUAUUUAUACCGGUGACUUAUUUAUUUGUAGAUAUUUCAAUGAAGGCGAAUAGAGUACAGUAGGUGUAUAUGAAGCGCAAAACUGUCAUCACUCUCCAUCAGUGUUAUUGUAUAAGUGAUCAUUCAGAACUGUAGAUGAAG